AGAGAGAGAGAGAGAGAAAGAGUGAGGAACGACAGAGAAAUACGAGUAAUGAGAGAGAAACGAACUGAACUAACUGACAUACUGAGUCUGGAUUCAUGGCAGCUGAACACACAACGAGCCAAAGCAUUCAUCUGUAGAGAGCUCGGCCGCCAUGUCUAGAGCGACAGUGAAGAAGCUACACUGGCGCUCCAAGGUCCAGGAGAGCUUUGUGCCGCUGGGCGGCGGCUCUGGAGAGUUGGGGCUCGCCAUCGGGGGCGGGGCAGACUACGGCGAGUUCCCGUUCGUCACAGCUGCCCCAGGGGGCGCGGCCACAGUCGCCGACAUCAUCUUAGAGAUUGGGGGGACGCCAGUGUUAGGGAUGACACUCGGUGAUGUCAGAGGAGUCCUCAACUCCUGUCCUCAUCCAAUCAGGAUCAAGACCGUCUCACCAGGUUCGUCUCUCUGUAAGGACCUCAGGUUGUACCUCAGCAAGUGUUUCACUCCGGGCUCGAUGGACAGCCAGCUGCAGCAGCUCAUCAGAGAGAACCUGUACCUGCGAGCCGUACCCUGUACGACCAGGCAGCCUCGGGACGGAGAGAUCACAGGUGUGGACUACAACUUUGUGUCCAUUGAGGAGUUUUUCUCUCUGGAGGAGUCUGGAGCUCUGCUGGAGAGUGGCAAGUUCAAAGGGAACUACUACGGGACGCCCCGCCCCGUCCACAUCGGUCCAGAGAGUCCACCGAUCACGUACCAGGAGCACCGAAACCUGCUGAGGAACUUCAGGACGAGGAGCAAAUCUCUGAGCAACCUGGAGAAAGCUGUGGAGGAAGGAGACAACAGCGAGGAGGACAGUGGACUGUCAGCAGGUUCAGCCGGAGCCCCGCCCACCACGCUGCCUCUCAGCCAAUCAUGGGAGUCGACGAUCGGGAGCCGGGAGGGAAUAGAGAACGGAGGAGUAAGAGGAGUGGGAAGAGGAAGAGGAAGAGGAGUAGGGGGAGGAGGAGGAGGAGGAGGAGGAGGGGACCCGCUGCCUGAAAACUGGGAGUUAGCGUUCAGUGAUUCAGGAGAGCCGUAUUACAUCGAUCAUAACUCGAAGACGACCAGCUGGCUGGAUCCUCGGACUCUGAACAAAGAAACGACUUCCUCUACAGAACUCCCAGAGUUCACCGAGGAGCCCAGUGAUUUGAAGGGUUACUCCAUCCACACCCGGCUUUCUAAAGGUCCUCGAGGUUUCGGCUUCAACAUCGUCGGAGGAAGUCGACCGCGAGAGUUCCUGCAGGUGUACAGCGUCACACCUGGAGGCCCACCUGCCCUCAAUACAGCCGACAUCCUGGUCUACAUCAACGACAGCUGCGUGCUGGGUCGCUCUCAUAAAGAGGUGGUGGAAAUGCUGAAGUCGGUGCCGAUGGGUCAGAGCGUGGACGUGGUGCUGAGGCGAGGAUACCCGAUGCUCUACAACCCCGACGGAUGUCCCAAACAGAGUCUGGAGACGCCACAGACCCCCAGCGAGCCCCCCAACCCCCCCAACGUGAACCGCGGCCUGACACACCUCACCUACAGCCGCACGCUGGACACCAACGGCAGCAUAGCAGGAAUGGGCCAACCUCCGCCCGCUUUUGCUGCUCAGCCAAUGACGAAUGGACUCAUAAGCCCACCCACUCCCACAUCCUCUGAUCCUCCACUGGGUCCGCCCCCCCUUCCAGAGAAGAUGACAGCCAAUCACAGCAACUCUGACUCCGGCCUUUCCAACCCUGGAACACGAAGGUCUUCUCUGGUUCGCUACAACAGCAGCACUCUCCCCGCCCUCUCCUCCACCUCCCUCCUCCACCAUCAGAGCUCCAAGUCCUCAGAGAGCGACCUGUCUACGUCCACCCUCCCCAUCUCCUCCUCCACCCUCCCGGUCUCCUCCUCGUCCUCCCACACUCUGUUCAAACUGCCCCUCUCUCAGCCCGAGUUGGGCCUCCACCAACCCUCCACCAGCUCCACUGCCGUUAGCACCCCCACCCCCUCCUCCACACCUCCUGGUGCUCCUAUUCAGCGCCCGCCGAUGCCUCAGACCUCGUUGGCUCUGACCCCGCCCAGAGACAUCCCAUCCUGCGGUUUUAACGGUUGCCCGGCCAAUCACUCAGCCACCUCCACGGCCUCCAGAGGAAACCCGGGGUUGGCGCUGCCAUUCGGGGCGGCGUCACCUGGGUCGGGGUCGCCUGGGUCGGCCCCCGGUGGUGAACUUGUGCCGGUGGCCCUCGGGCGAAAUGAGGGUGGGGGGCUCGGGUUUAGCGUGACAGCAGGGGGCCAAGGCGGUCAGCUGGCAGUGGUGAGACGGAUCUGGGAUCGAAGGCAGUGCCCCUCACUGCAGCUGGGCGACGCUAUAGUGAAGAUCAACGGAGCGGAUGUGCAGAAUCUCAGCUUCUCACAGGUCCAGAGAGUUCUGCAAGAACACACCAAACAGGGUGAGGUGGUGCUGCUGGUCUACAGAGGAGCUCCCGUCUCCUCCCCAGUCAUCACCCCAGUUGUCACUCCUAACCUCUACAAGAUCCUCCCUUCCUCCUCACAUCCCCCCACUUCAGCCGACUUGCCUUCCCCGUCCACGGGUGCCUUGGUGGGGGUUGUUCCCCUCCUCAGCCAGGCCGGCUUGGCCCCCGAGAGCCCCCAGGAGGGGCACCUACCUGCUGUAGGGAUCAACCAAGGGGCCCCUCCUGCCCAGACUCCCAACGGGCCCCCAGCCCUCAUCCAGAGCACCAGCUUCCUGGACUCCGUUCCCGUAACGCUGACCUUAGAGCCACGAGACCUGAUCGGGGUGGAGGAGAGCGCCGGCGGACCUCCUCCAAUCAGAGGUGGGGGAGGAGCUCUGGGUGCAAUCGCCAAAGAAGGAAGAGGAGCGAAGACCGUGGAGGUGGAGCUGAGGAGGCGACCGGGAGAAGGCUUCGGAUUCGUCAUCGCCUCCCAGGAAGUGAACGGAGCCCCCUCCAUGAUGUCGCACCGCUUCGUGACGGUGCGGCGCGGCAGCCCGGCGGCGCGCAGCGGGCAGAUCCAGCCUGGAGACCAGCUGGAUGCGGUGGAGGGUCGACCGGUCGGAGGCCUGCAGCACCGAGACCUCGCCCAGAUCCUGAGGAGAGCCGGGAACACCCUGAGACUGAGCAUCACGCCCAGACACCAUUCGGCGUCCAUGUCAGAAGGAGCCGAACUGGACAUUGACGCCCGGAUGAUGAAGGGACCCAGAGGGAGGUCAAAGGAGGAGACAAGGUUUUACAACGUGGAUCUGGAGCGAGGUCCCACAGGUUUCGGUUUCUCUCUGAGGGGGGGCAGUGAGUACAACAUGGGGCUGUACGUGCUAGGGCUAAUGGAGGGGGGGCCGGCCCAGCGCAGCAACAAGAUACAGGUGUCCGAUCAGCUGGUGGAGAUCAACGGAGACAGCACAUCGGGGAUGACUCACAGUCAGGCCGUGGAGCAGAUCAGGAGAGGAGGACACCGAAUCCACCUCGUCCUCAAGAAGGGAAACGGAUACGUGCCCGACUACGGCCCUGAGGAAGGAGCCCUCUCCCCCUCCUCCUCUUCACACACAGAGGAGCAGGAUGUGCUUUCGGUAACCAUGAAGACCGCCUCCCUCAGCUCGCAGAGGGGAGGAGGAAGUACCAGAGGAGAAGGAGGAGGAGGAGGAGAGAAGAGGAGGAGGAGGAGAGAGGGAGAAACCAAACGAAGAACAGGUGGUGGAGGAGGCGGAGGAGGAGGAGGAGGGGGAGCAGGGUUGGUGCCUCCUGAUCUGGACCUGGAUGUGGUGGAGGACCAGGCACGGGAGGAGGAGAGAUGGAGGGAGGAAGAGAGAUGGAGGGAGGAGGAGGAGGAGAGGAGGAGGACGCGGCAACAGGAGGAGGAGGAGAGACGGAGAAGAAAGGAGGAGGAGGUGGAGAGGAAGAAGAGGAGCCAGACUGUGAGGCAGACGGAUACGCGAGACCACCAGAGGGAGCAGGGGAGGAGGAGCCGGAGCUUACCCAGGAGCAGUGCUCGAUCCUUGGACACACCGACGCUGCAUGGGGAGGUGGAGGAGUACGGAGGAGCGAAACAGAGGAGGAGGAAGAGCGAGGCAAAGAGCAAGAGGGUGCGAGAGGAGGAAGAGGAGGAGAGGGGAAGAGAGAGGAGGGAAGAGGAAUACAACAGCGCCACCUCCCACGCAAAGCAUUCUGGGAGUUCAGCCCAGAAAGCGGCGUUCUCCUUCCUCAUGCCGAUGGAUGACGACGACGACGAGCGUCUAUCUGACAACGAAUCGGAAGCCAGCUUCUCAGAGGUCAGCCAAUCAGCAGCCAGCAUUGCCACCGCAAGGUGGAGGGGGGAUUGUGGUUGGACAAGAGCCCAGUUGUCACAGCAACAAGGGGAGGCCCCAGGUCCCUGGCUGAAACCGAGCCAGCAGAGACUGACGCAGGAGCUGAGUCGGAGUCGACUCAGUGGGCGGGGACUAGAGGGCGGGCUCUCUCUCUGAUUGGCCAGCAGCGAGGACGUUCUCUUUCUUCAUUCGCUGACUGUUUUUUUGUGUUUUGUUUGUUUUUUUGGCAACUACAAGGGCUUUUUGAGAGAAGACCCGCCUCUUCCUGCAUCGUGUUGGUUGACUCUUCUGGUUUUGUUUGGAGGAUGAGGAAGCAUGCAGCCUGAGGACCCAUUUCUGAUUGGCUGGUAGACGGGAAUUCGAGGCCUCUGACUGGCUAAUGACACAACAGCUGCACACAGAGCCGCAUCUUUAACUAACAUGUUUAUUUUUAUGUUUUAAAUUUUACCCCAUAAACCCGCAGUGUGUCCUGAUGAGACGUUUCACUUGAAAAAAACAAAACGUCACAUCAGCUCAUCUUCAUCAUCGUCAUUAUUCUGACUUUAUAUAAACGUAUGCAAAGAUCAUCAUCAGUGGCUCGUAGCUGGUGAUCUUAUCAAACAGUCUUUCUGUGUAUCUGAGCAUGUGAAUAUCAGCGGAAUGAUUUUUUAUUUUUAUAAACUGAACAUGUGACGGCUCAAUGACGUCAUUGUUAUUAAUAUUA